CAAAUAUAAAUAUAUAUUCGACAAUUCAAUGGUCGCUUGGAUUGACUUUAACAAAACAGCGUAGACGAAAUACGAAUGCAAAUUAGAUGCAAAAUAAAUGGGUAAAAUGAGGUCAAGUAAAUACGAUGUUACCACAGCUUACGGUCUAUGCCAAGAUUAUUUACCUCCUGAUGGUGGUGAUUUCAGGUGCAUUAUGUACAGUAGAAGAUUACGUAAUAAUGUCACAGUGUGCACACAACAAAGCCAUACACCUAGCUGCGGAAGGAACAGUUUCAGUGACAGACAUUUCACAGAUACAAAAUAUAACAAUAGAGGGCUUUCCGGAUUAUGUGAAGAACGAUUUCAAAAUAGCUCUGUACGCAAAAGAAACACAAAGAUAUCUGUGUUUCAACGACAAUUGGAGAUUAGUUGGCAUGAAAGAAAGGGGCGAUACCUGCUACUUCAACGAGACCAUCGUGCACGGUUAUUUUGUAUUCCGUUCCGUAGUCGAUCUGCAGCGACGUGUCGGCUUCACGCAUCGAGGUAAGCCUGUGGGGCCCAAGAAAAGCGUCAACGAUGCCUGCUACAUGUUUACCAAAAUCGAAGCCGAGCAAUUUUUCCAUCAGCACAUGUUACCAAAAUGGCGCGAGACCGCCGCGAUAUUGGCAAAGCCUGCAGCAACAGUCGCCAGCAGCCAGCGACAACGACAGCAGCAGCAGCAGCAACAGCAACGGACAAACGGGCGGAAAGUCUCGCGCAAUAAAAACUACCGCCACAAAUCGAAUAACCAAAAUCAAAAGUUGCAGCAGCAGCAACAUGCGAAUAAUGGCCAUAAUAGUAGUAAUAAUUUAAGUAGCACUAAACAACAUUUAGAAUUAGAGCGAAAGCAACAGCAGCAACAGCAACAGCAGCAACAUCAAGUCCGGCAUCAUCAUAAUGAUCCCACAUUGCUAGCGCGACGACAGCAACACGAGCAUAAGCAGAAGCGACGACUGCAACCGCAACAACGUAAGCAACAACGAGUGACAGCUAGUCCAACGAAGCACUCAACUGCCCAGAGUGUAACAGCAACAGCAACAGUAACAGCAACGACUACAACUGCUGCAACAGCAAGUAGGCCUUCGGCGGCAAGCAGGGUCAUCAGCAGUAGCACAACAGUGGCCAGCAAGCGUAAAGGACGGCGGAGAAAGGGACGCAAGGGACUGAAACAUUCCGCCACUGCAGCAGCAUUCGAGUCUAGCAGCAACAUGUACAGUGAGCUGACCAGCAGCCUUCCUACUGCCUACGAAGACGCCGACAAUAGCAGCAGCAGCGGCUGGUUUGCCACGCCCACUGCAACAAUCGAUAGCUUUACGCAAGAUGGUGCUGAGAGCAGCAGCGUCAGCAACAUGUUGCUAACAACAAGUGCGGACAGUGUAAGGCCAGCCAUGCCGAGCACAUCAUACAGCACAACCGAUGCCUGGUCCACAUUCGUCACUGAGCUUGAAACAGAAGCCUCAGCUGCUACAACAACACUGAGCGGCAGCAACGACACGGACGCCGACACUGAUCUGUUCCAAUACGAAGCUGAGUUGGUAGACGAUGGAAGUGAGGAGUUGCUACACACGGCAGAGACGGUUGAAGCAACAGCCGCAACAAACUAUGAAACCAAAGCAAUAGCAACAAACAGCCAAGCGGCAGCAACAACUACCUCGACAGCUGCAACAGUCAGCAACGGUAGCAGCAGUGUCUUGCCGCUUAGUACAACAACAACAACAGCGACGACGUCAAAAACACAAUUGGUGCUGGAGCAAACGCCACUGGCAGCGACUCUGGCCACACUUAUGUACAACAAGUGGCACACAACGCAGCGGCAACACGAGCUAACAAACGGCAGCAGCAACACUAGCACACCAACAGCAGCAACAACUGCAAUAAUGGGUGGUCAGACUGAUAUAAUUAAUCAUACAGCCAAGUUUAGCAGACUGCCCAGCAACAGCAACAUCAACAACAACGAAAGUCAACAACAACAGUUGGUGAACAGCAGGGCGAGCAACAAAAAACAGAGGCAACUGAAAAUGCGCCAACAAGUACCACGACUACAAGUGGCAUCAGGAACAGCAGUAACAUGGCACGCCACAGUUGCAACAACAGCUUUAGCAACAGCAGCAGCCACGCAACAGCAGCAAAAUGUUGCUAUCAUAACACCCCAUCAGCAACAGCAAUAUGUUGCUGACAAGCUAUUCAGUAUAUUCAAGAACAUCAAUAGACACUUAAACAACACACUAACCGAGGUGGCACCUACAGAGCCGACAACAAUAUCGAAUGCAGCUGCAACAACAGUCAUAGCUGCAACAGCAACAGCAGCAACAACGAAGAAAUCACUCCGCAAAUCCACCCAAAAACUGCUGGCCACGCCCUAUCAUCAGCUUACCUACGUGCGAAACGAGGCAGGCGAUAUUGACAUUGACAAUUUGGACAAUAUCAGCGUAUAUCCAGAUCUGUUUGAAGGCGAGCUUGAUGAGAUGCAGGGCAGCAACAACGAAAGCACCAGCAGCAGCAGCAGCAGCUUAGGCAUCAACAGCAACAACAGUCGACUUACUUUCGUUAGCGGGUAUUUGCCAACAUCGGCAACGGCGGUGCUGCCUGAAUCAAUACGGAUAGCCAAGAUUAAAAUGAAUAAUGAGCGGAAACGCUUGCAGCAGCAGCAACAACAGCAACAACAGCAACAUCAUCAUCAAUAUCAUCGCCUACGCUUGCAUGGACUUUUCGCGUAGUAGGGCCGCUGGGUCGUGUGUAUGUAUGUUGGUUGACAAUCGUUUGAAAUUUGAGCACUAGCACACGGGCAAAAAUUUGAUAGGAAUUACGCGUAGCAUGCAAUUAGUUAAUAAAUAUCGUAAAUAUAUACAUAUAUGGAAUACAUACCUAUACUCAGAGAAGAUUUCGAAGCGUUUUAGUUUAAUGACAAAGAAUUUAUACGAAAUUACAUGAUUAGGCAGUUUAAGCAAAUUGCAAUAUUUACUGUAAAAAUCGAGUCUAAAAUGUCAAAUUGAUGCAAAAAGUACGAGUACGCAUCGACAUUUCAAUUUAUAAAUAUAUAUAAUGAACUGAUACCUUGCUUGGAACACCUCAGACAGGUCUUCACUUUGCAAUCGAAAUCCUGCAUUUUCAUCAAGCACCUUUCCACUUCGCCACUAGCAACACUUCUAGGACGCCUAAAAGCACACUAA